GAUAUGAUGAUUAGAGCAUAACCCGAGUGACACGUUGAAUUCGCCAUAAUCAAGGAAACCUUUUCCGGGUGGGGAUCUCUGAAAUUACUCAGUGAGCAACCCUAAUUAACCUGAUUUUUUGCUGAUAAUCACUCUCAAUGGAAUCAAAUCACAAAUCCGGGGAUGGAUUGAGCGGCACCCAGAAGGAAGCAGCCCUCCGCGCACUGGUCCAGCGCACAGGAUAUAGCUUGGUCCAGGAAAAUGGACAAAGAAAAUACGGUGGACCUCCGCCCGGUUGGGAUGCUGCACCCCCGGAAAGGGGCUGUGAAAUUUUUAUUGGAAAACUUCCCCGAGACCUUUUUGAGGAUGAACUUAUCCCAUUAUGUGAAAAAAUUGGUAAAAUUUAUGAAAUGAGAAUGAUGAUGGAUUUUAAUGGCAACAAUAGAGGAUAUGCAUUUGUAACAUUUUCAAAUAAACUGGAAGCCAAGAAUGCAAUCAAGCAACUUAAUAAUUAUGAAAUUAGAAAUGGGCGUCUCUUAGGGGUCUGUGCCAGUGUGGAUAACUGCAGGUUGUUUGUCGGGGGGAUCCCAAAAACCAAAAAGAGAGAAGAAAUCUUAACAGAGAUGAAAAAGGUCACCGAAGGAGUUGUUGACGUCAUCGUCUACCCAAGCGCCGCAGACAAAACCAAAAACCGGGGCUUUGCCUUUGUGGAGUACGAGAGCCACCGGGCGGCCGCCAUGGCCAGGAGGAAACUGCUGCCAGGAAGAAUUCAGUUAUGGGGACAUCCUAUUGCAGUGGACUGGGCAGAGCCAGAAGUAGAAGUUGACGAGGACACAAUGUCUUCAGUGAAAAUCCUGUACGUCAGAAACCUUAUGCUGUCUACCUCUGAAGAGAUGAUUGAAAAGGAAUUCAACAAUAUUAAACCAGGUGCUGUGGAGAGGGUGAAGAAAAUUCGAGACUAUGCUUUUGUGCACUUCAGUAACCGAGAAGAUGCAGUUGAGGCUAUGAAAGCUUUAAAUGGGAAGGUGCUGGAUGGGUCUCCCAUUGAAGUGACUCUAGCCAAACCAGUAGACAAGGACAGUUAUGUUAGGUACACCCGAGGCACAGGUGGAAGGGGCACCACACUGCAAGGAGAGUACACCUACUCUUUGGGCCAUGUUUAUGACCCCACCACAACCUACCUUGGAGCUCCUAUCUUCUAUGCCCCCCAGGCCUAUACAGCAAUUCCCAGUCUUCAUUUUCCAGCCACCAAAGGACACUUCAGCAACAGGGCCAUUAUCCGAGCCCCUUCUGUUAGAGAAAUUUACAUGAAUGUACCUGUAGGGGCUGCGGGAGUGAGAGGACUGGGCGGCCGUGGCUAUUUGGCAUACACAGGCCUGGGUCGUGGAUACUCCGUUAAAGGAGAGAAAAGAGAAGAGAAGCUCUAUGACAUCUUACCGGGUAUGGAGCUCACCCCAAUGAAUCCUGUCACUCUAAAACCCCAAGGAAUUAAACUUGCACCCCAGAUAUUAGAAGAAAUUUGUCAGAAAAAUAACUGGGGACAACCAGUGUACCAGCUGCAUUCUGCCAUUGGACAAGACCAAAGACAACUAUUCUUAUACAAAAUAACCAUUCCUGCUCUGGCCAGCCAGAAUCCUGCUAUCCACCCUUUCACGCCUCCGAAGCUAAGUGCCUACGUGGAUGAAGCAAAGACAUAUGCAGCGGAAUACACCCUGCAGACGCUGGGCAUCCCCACAGAGGGAGGGGACGCUGGGACCGCAGCUGCUGCUGCCGCUGCUGUUGCUACAGCUACGGCUUUCCCAGGAUACGCUGUCCCUAGCGCAACUGCACCUGUGUCUGCAGCCCAGCUCAAGCAAGCAGUAACCCUUGGACAAGACUUAACAGCAUACACAACCUACGAGGUCUACCCUACUUUUGCAGUGACUGCCCGAGGGGAUGGAUAUGGAGCCUUUUGAAGAUAUCUUUUUUUAAAAAUUUAAGAAUAAGACACACAAACCUCUAUAAAGAAGAAAUUAACCUCUAACUCAGUCCCCUAAUGAUCAUAAGUAAUAUCUUCCCGACAGCAAUGCCUUUCCUAAGACUGUAUAGCUUAAACUAAUUGUAGAAUUGUGAAGUGAGAAUGUUAUUCCAAAAUGAAAUCAAAUGUUAAGGAGCCUUUUGUUUAACAGAAAGCUGGAGAGCCAUUUACCCCAGAAGUUGUUCUUCCAAUGUUCCUGAGUGUCCUGGGAGCACGUUUACAAACACUGACAGAGUGGGGAGACAUCUUUUAGCUGGCAGGGGUUGAGGCUGAACAGACAACCUAAGUAGUCAGUAACAACAAAGGAAAAUCAGAUAAACUCCAGAGUCUUAACCCUUGGCUCACAGCUGCUUUUGUGAUACACAAACACAAGGCAAAAGGAAAGUAGGGGGAUGCUUUGCAAAAUGCAGGCACCAUUGCCCACCGCGUGGGACAUGAUACCAGCCAGACCUGUGCUCCUGAAAGAGCAUCCAAGGUUUGAUGAAGUCAGCCGUACUGCAGUCUGAAAAUUCCAUCCAGUCAGUUAGUCAUAGAGGAGGAUCUUCCUGUCACCUGCAGUCCCUGGGGACUUCCUAGAAAUGGAUAUGAUGUGUGGCAGGUACAGUUAAAACAAAUCCAGGCCCCACUGUUUAUUUAACUCAUUAGCCCACCCCUAGUUUUUCCCUACAACUCCUACCAUUACCAAUAAUGGUGCCAAUAUGAGGUGAUUUUUUUCUCAUUUGAAAAACUUUUACUUGUUCACAUUAAUUCAUUUUCAUCUCAGACUCAUUUCGCUCAUCUCUUAUAUCAUAAAAAAAAGUAAAUCGAAUCUACAGAAUAUCAUUUAUGAAACUUUCUCUUAUUCAGUAAAUUGGCUGAAAAGUCAUUUCAAAGACAGAAGUGAAGCUUCACUCUUAUUUUUUUUUUAUCUUUUUGCAGCAAUCUAGGCCACCAUCCAGCAUUCAGAGAUUCUGUUCUAUUAACUUAGGGUUAGCCUAGAAUUUACCCAUUUACACUAAAUCUUCCAAGAAAUUCUUGGAAUUUCAUUGUUCUUUCAGUAAGUAUCAGGCAGCUUUACCCUACCUGAGUCCUUUUGUCUUAAAGUUGUCACUGCAAAACCUUACAUCCCUCACUGCUGAUUAGAAACUGUUUCUUCAGACAGUCAGCAAGGGUGUCUUUAUAUUUGCCAAAAUCCCCUAGCCUUGGGCCUCUUCUCCAGGAACAUCUGGUAGGGCAGGAGGGGUACCACCAAACCCGGAAUGGAGGUGAAGAUAAGGCACUACUUUCUUGCCAUACUUGUAAAUAAUUGCUUUGCUCAAAACAGAAAUAGUCAAAGUCCAACACCAAAGACCUAUUAUUACUACUUUAGUCUCAUUAGUGGUUAGGGCGUACCAUACUAUCAUUUCCAUUUUUAAAAACCCCUUGGCACUUACAAAAUUCUACAGAACUCAAGGGAAAACAACAAAGGCACAGAAAAUUUUGUCACCUCCUUAAUGUAAUCCUUUGAUACAAAAUCAGGCCAGAUUCCAGUCAAAAUCAGGUAAAUGUCAAUCACAAUGAAAAAUACUCAUAACCUUUCACAUCUGUUAACUUCCAGGCAGGUCUCAAAGGCUUCAAAGCUACAGCUGAGACUCCGAAAGGCCUGACUUUCGGUUUUACAUUUAGCUUCUCAUAUUCCUGGGGGCAGUGGUUUUCAAACUUGGCUGCACAUUAGAAACACCUGGAGAGCUUUUUAAAAUGUUAAUGCCAAGAUCACAGCUCAUACCACUUAUAUGAGACUGUGUUGGAGCAGGAGCUUGGCGUUGGUCUUUUUAAAGAUCCCUAGGUGAUUUCAAUUUGCCUCUAAGUUUGGGAACUGCUAUUUUCUUGUAUUUCCACUCUGUCCCUUAAUUGUUUUCCUUUCCAUUUCACUUUUAUUAAAUAGAAAACUGCAAGAAAAAAAUUGUCUCAGUUAAAACAUCCAAAUCAUAUUUUACAUAUGUGCAUCUCAUAAUCAGUAUGAGUUGGAAUAAAAUUCAUAUAGGGUUCAAACUAUUAUUAACUCUAAAAGUGAAAAAGUAAAAAAAUUUCUUGUAAAGCAAUUCUUAGAUCUAAAUUUGCACUCCCCCACAGAUCUGUUUUUAUUCUCAAAAAGAAUAAUUACAUUGACAUAACGAAUGUCCAUUGAGGCUGGCAAGUUUCUUACUCAGUCUAAAAAAGCAUUCUAAAUUGCAAGAGCAAAAGUUUUGAUUUUUCUUAAAAUCUUUGAAAAUAAGUAGUAGCAAAGUUCAUUCUACAUGCCUAGUCAAUGCAAAAUAGAAAGUUUGAUCUAAAGAAGUUUUAAAUUUGAUCAAAAUGAAAAGAUAAUUAGUUAAUACAGUACUGUCCUUAUGAGAAAAAUCAUUAUUCCAGAUAAGGUCAUAAUCACUUUUUUAAAAGAUUAAGAUAAGAGACCUAAAACAUACAAUAAUGCCAAGUGUCAAGAAAAUUGUCACUGGAACACCAUCUCAUUACUUUAAUGGAAAAACACAAGUAUUCAUGAUAUUUACCUCCUGAGAAAUGAUUUAUACAAAUAAGUGUCAGAGGUUUUUUGCAGAAACUUUACUUCAUUUAGCAAUAAUAUGCAGAGAAUACUUUGAAUUUCAUUAGAAUAUAUUCAUAGAAAGUGUCAAUGUGUCUACCAUUCCAUAUGUUUGUUGUUGCUUUCCCCAAGUUAAGAAAUAUAGAGCAAGUCCUGCUAGUGCAAGAGUCUGAAAUUAUUAAGAAAACAGCCUUUUUGAAAUCAAAUGUAGAACCAAAGGCUAAUUUUGCAUAAUGUUUAUAUUUUUAGACUUAAGAAAUUAGCACCUAUUUAACACCUUGAUACUUUCUGUAUCAUUAUUCAUUUUUGUUAUUUCUUACUUGCCUGCUUCUUAAUUCUUCAUAGAAAAAAAUUAAAAUUAGUCAGCCAACCAAGUGAUAAUAACAAAACACCCAAAACAAUAAUUUAGAAACAUCUAGUAAAUAAGAAUUGGAUUUCCAAAUUUGUUAAUAUUAAUUAGCUAAUAAGCUAAUUAAGCUAUUAAGCUUAAUUAAAAUCAGUCCAAUAUUACUUAGGGGGAAAUGGAACAGCAAUGAGAUUAGGUAUCUAUUUUCUUACCUGUAAAAAUGCUGCCGUUUCUCAAAUUGCAUUAUUUCUCUCCCACCCGAGUAAUAUAGCUCAAAGAGCACCUAAAACUGCCACAAAAUGUAAUUCUCCUAGAUGACUAGGAUACCCUCCAAUGCAGUAUCAUGCCAAACCACACUAUGUUUGGGUAACAGCACCCAAAAUGCUGCUAAAAAGCUACCUCAUGUUAAGAAAAUAUUGACUUCAAAACAUGUCUAACAACAGAGGAUCUAUUUCCAAACCAUAGUUUUCAAAGGUGGAAUGGAAAUUAAAUUAUAACUAUGUAUUAAUAACAGCUAUGCAGGAAAUGAGUUUUUGUUUUACUUUAAGGGUUUUUAAGAAAAGCAUAUUCUUCCACUUAGAUAAGCAAAAUAUUGCAUCAGUAUAAUUUUCAAUUUACAUUAAUUUUUGGUAUAUUUUAAAUGACUAUUUUAUAAUUCUGUCUUGGACCACUGAGCUAUGGUCAGAAUCUACAUAGACAUGGUGCCAUUUGUAGAAUGAAGGAUAAUAAAGAAAGUUAGUAUUUUCUUUGCAUUCAAAGCUACAAUGUUUGAUAGAGUUGAUUAUUGUUGAGCAAUUCCAGCCCUACCCAAGAUUUCUGUAAAAUAACUUACAACUAAAAGUGAACAAUAUGCCCAAUAUUCACAUAAAGCCAUUGUUAUUUUAUCUUCUCAUUGCAUUCAUACAAAAGUUCCCAGGAGGGUGCAAAUGUAUCUAAAAAUUAGCCUACAGACUUGGCACUUGUUAUGUUUUAUAGAUACACAUUUAUAUUGUAAAUAUAUCUGUUAAAGAUAAAACUGUUUCAAAUAUAACACUAUUGGAAAACUUGGUGAUAAAUAUUUUAAAAGAAUAUAUUAAUAGAAUAACUUAUGAAUUUUUAUAUACUUAUUGGAAUACAGAGAGAAACUAGGCAAAAAGCAUUUUUAUCUGACAUGUAACCACUGUCAACUAGGUUUUAUUAAACUGAUUGAAGUAAAAUUUCAAAAUCAGAUUUGACAGUCUAGUAGCAUCUUAAAAAAUGCUCUUGUUACUAGAACAUAUUCACAGAAAGUGAAAUGUAUCCAUCAAGCUAUACAUUUGAAUUUGUCAAUGUUAAAACAAAGACAGAAACAAGUUGUGCUAUAAUGAGUGAAACUAUUAGAAAUAUGAGAUUUUUCUGACCCCGUCCCCUAUCUCUUUCCCUAUGGAAUAAAAUAUUUUUAAAUUUUUUUAUUAAGUAAAAAAUGGGCACAGAAUAUUCUAUUGCCCCCCCCAAAACAUUCAACAUUUUAAAAGCCAUCUUUUUCUUACAAUGUGUAUACACAAAGUAUUUGACUGCAUAGAUUUAGCAAUAUGUAUAUUGAACACAUAGACUUAUUUCAAACUUUGUGUCCCCAGCUCUCCUCAUUUUUGUAGGAAGGAUCAAAGAAAACUUUUACUAAUGAAUUCAUAACCAAUCUAGAAGGGAAAAAAAUAAUUUGGAAACCAAAAGCCUUCAUUCAUUUAAACGUGCCUGAAAUAAAAUGUAGAACACUUUCGCAUCUACCUCUCACUCACAGAAUUUUCUCCUAUUUUGAGAGAGAAAUUAAGAAGAAUAUGCCUUGUCCUCUCUUCUCAUAUGAUACUUUGUCUGAGAGAAGGGGCGAUACCAAAAAACAGCACCUUAAAGACAGUAAGCUGCCCAUGAGAACUUCUUGAGGACUGAAGAGUAUCAGCCCUACUCAGGGUUUGGCAACGUCUCUCUGGGCUAGGACAGUCCUGACUUACGUCUGUCAUACCACCAUAAAUAUUAACAAUGAUCCCUCUUACGCUCAAAUGUGCCCCAGUUUAGAUAACAGAUUAUAUAGCACCCUUCUAUCUUUAUAAUUUUUUUAAUAUCUUGUAGAAGAUUAAACUGAAGGGCUCAGCUACUUCUUUCUGACUGGUCAGGAGUGUAGUGAAUGAAGAGAAAUGUCUCACCUUCUCCAGUCACCCUUAAUCCACUCUCUACCUGCCUGUCCCCUCUGUCUAGUUCAUUUCCGGUUCUAUUUUCCUCACACUCCCCCUGGGCUGUGGGUCCUGAGUUCUACCUUCAUUUGGCAGAGCUAGCAGCCACUAGGCCAGAUGGGGCAGGGAAUGAGACAAAAGAAAGCUCUUGGACACACCUGCUUGGUCUAUUGGCAUCCACAAGGGAUUAGUAGAGUCUUAGAGCAUUUGCUGAUUCCUUUUUUCCUUGAAUCAGACAACUCAUACUCCAAACCAGAUAGGAUUUCUUAUAUAAACCUUUACCUUCAAAAGCAUUUUGCCUUUUUUCCUUCUUUUAUUUCAGUUUGCUCAAACACUAACUCCCUUGCAGUUAACAUCACCACUAUGGUUGCUCAUCCGCUAUUCUUCACCCCAAAUCCUCACAUAAUUCCAUAUAAAGGUUUUAUUAUUUUUAAAUGGAAAGUAAUAUUGACAGAUUAUUUUCCUUUUUAAUAAAAUUUCCUUUAUACUCUUCCUUUAUUCCCUUUACCAAUAUUGGGAAUUAGACAAAUUGUACAAGCUCUAUUGCUACUAACCCACAAACCUAUUCUUCCUAGAAUAUGUGAUCAGCUUGUGUUUACUAUGCACCUACUCUUGGGCCAGAAACUGUGACUACAAA